UCCUCUUCUUGGAAUAGACGAAAGCCACUCAAUUGUUCGUCUGCCGUAAGUGGCAGCAACAGCGAUGGCGGCGGAGCCUGUGCUCCACACCCCUCCCUGGUCUCCGGGCUAAUGGGCACCGGCAGAAGCCCGACCUGCGAGCUCAGCCUGUUUCCCGGGGCAGCUGGACUCCUGCGUGGCGCCGGAUUCAGUCUCGACGCCGUUGGCUUCAACACACCUCCUCCGCAGCCGCCUCCUCCUCCGCCGCCGCCACCUCCUCCACCAGCUCCGCCGCCGCCACCGCCUUUGUUGCCACAGCUGCUACCGUCGCCUCCGCCUCAACCGCCGCACACACGGCAACAGUUGCUGCCACAAGCUGGAAGACAAGAUUCGCUGACCGCAACCGCCUGUCCGUCAGACGGGUGCCUUAUUGCCGGGCUGCCCGGUCAGCCGACAAAUUUGUCUACCAGAAAGGCUUUGGGCCUUGUGAAUAGCGCACGCCGAGCCGGUGUCAGCGGACACGUCUCGAGCUCGAGUCCUAGCGGCUUGGCACUGAGUGGCCUUUUGUCCGUCACGGGUCUUCGCGCAUCGGACGCAUUUGACGCCACUACGAGUUCCGGUGCCUGUAAACAAGAGGCGGUUGGGCAUAAGCCGAAGCGAACUUCUUCGGCCAAGCAACGCGGUCGAAUUGGGCUCUCGUCGACGGGAUGUGGAGAGGCGAGAGGUAGCGAAGCCAACUCUGUCUUCCAACCGGUCUUCAUGAUGGCUCCUGAUGACGAGGCCGCACAACCAAUGAGCGGAGUCGAUGGAGCAAGUAAUUUGUCCAACUCCCUGAUGAACAAUGGAAGUAGUGCGCAAAGGAGCAAAAAACGCGUCAUCUGUACAACAUGCAGGAAAUCUUUUUGUGACAAAGGUAUGCUACGCAUAGUUUAUACCGCUGUACAUCUACGUGAGAUGCACAAAUGCACAAUCAAAGGAUGCAACAUGUGGUUCAGCUCGCGACGCAGUCGCAAUCGACACUCGGCAAACCCAAAUCCACGCCUUCACAUGAGCCAUUCCAACAAAAAGCUGCCCGAAAACGCCAUCAUUGUGGAUGAUGGAACAGCUAAUUAG